AUGGCCUUGCGAAAUCUCGUGACUACAGGCGGCACAUGUCUUCGCAAUACGAUUUUCAGAAGAUGUUUAUCAUUGACGCCACGAACUUUGGGAGGAGGUCAUCAUCAUCCACCGAUCCCCGAGCCCUAUGUGCCCAAACCAAGGGAUACCUCUGAACGUGAUUGGUUAGGACGGCGAAAGCUGCCUCGACUUUCGAAGGAUUCACACGAUCACACGAUGGACGACUACCAAUCCUAUAUUGGUGGUGCAGUAUUUGUUCUUCUUACACUGGGAGCAGUGGCUUUCUACACGGAUGUCUUUGGAAUGAACAUCAAGAAAAACUUCAAGCAUGCUCACCAUAAAGAAGCAAUAACUGCAAAACACACGGAAUCAACUCACUCGCAUUCGGAAGAGUCCGAGAAGCCAAAACCAAAGCCAGCACCGCCAGUUGUUCAAGAGAAACCUGCUGAAAAGAAGGCUCCGGAAGCUACAGACAAGAUACCGGACUUCAUUCCGUAUCUUCUGGUUGGUUCUGGAGCUGCUUCUUACUAUGCUUCUUUGUCAAUUCGAGCUAGAGAUGCAGAAGCUAAAGUUCUAAUAAUUGGCGAAGAAGCUGAACUUCCUUACAACAAACCCCCUUUAUCAAAGGAACUUUGGUGGUACCCCGAGAAUCAAGGACAGAAUUCACUCUCGUACAAGGGUCCGAAUGGAAAAGUCAAAGAUGUUUUCUUUGAAACGCAGGGCUUCUUUGUUCCUCCCAACGAAAUUUCGAGUGCAAAGCAUGGUGGAGUGUCGAUUGUGACGAAUGCAAAGGUGAAAAAGAUUGAUGCCAAAGCAAGGUUAGUACAUUUGGAAGACGGAAGAAGUAUACGUUAUGGAAAAUGCCUUCUUGCUACCGGUGGCCAUCCUCGGCGGUUAUCAGUUUUUGAACCUUUCGAGAAGUCAGGAAAUGUACUGUAUUUAAGAAAUGUGAAUGAUUAUUAUCGAUUAACGGAUGCUUGCUCUCAUAAUGGUACAAUUUCCAUAGUAGGAGGUGGUUUUCUUGGUUCAGAACUUGCAUACUCCAUCAAAAAGCGAUUUCCCGAAACGAGAGUUGUGCAGAUUAUCAAAGAAGCUGGCCCACUCGCCAAUAUUUUGCCACUUUUCCUUUCUACGCAUACACGCGGAGGUUUGGAAAGAGCUGGUGUUGAGGUGCGGACGGAAUCAUCUGUGUCUGGUGUAUCAAAAUCGGAAGCUGGCUUGCUUCAUUUGACACUUUCCGACGGAACAUCCGUUGCCUCAAACUAUGUGGUUGUCGCGGUUGGAAUUGAGCCUAAUGUGGAAAUUGAAAUUGGAGACGAGAUUAAAAAAGACACGGAACAUGGAGGCUUUCGAGCUGAUGCAAAACUUUUGGUUGCACCGUCAGUUUGGUGUGCCGGAGAUUCGUGUGCGUAUGAUACAGGAAUACUUGGACGAAAACGGAUAGAACAUUGGGAAAAUGCACAGAUUACUGGUCGUCUUGCUGGCGAAAAUAUGACUGAUGGAAACAAAAGCUUUUGGUAUCAGUCCUCUUAUUUUUCAAAAAUUGGACCUGAAAUGUUCAUUAAUGCCGUUGGAAAUACGGAUUCAAAACUGCACACCGUGUCCGUAUUUGCAGAACAGGAAACACCAAGUUCAAAUCAAUACCAAAAAGGUGUCGUAUUUUAUGAAAAUAAGGGAGAAAUUGUUGGAUGUUUGUUAAUCAAUGUUUUUGGAGCAGGCCUAGAUGUUGCGAGAAGAUUAAUUGAUGAGCGGCGAUCGGUCGGAGAAGCCAAAGAAUUAGCAAAACUUUUUUCAUUAUGGGAUAUAGAGCGGGAAGAAGAAAAAGAAAAUGCAAAGUCGAAAUCUAGU